AUGGGGCGCGAUCAGCAUGUGGUAGACCCUGGAGUGGGGGGGGAACCUGGAGUGGCGGGGGAGCCUGGAGUGGCGGUGGAGCCUGGAGUGGCUGAAGUGGCUAGGGAGCCUAGAUUAUCGGAGGAGCCUGGAGUGGCGGGGGAGCCGUUAGUGGCGAAGGAGCCUGGAGUGGCGGUGGAGGCUGAACAGGGAAGGGAGCCUGGAUCAUCGGAGGAGCCUGGAGUGGCGGAGAAUCUUGUAGUCGCAAACGAGCCUGGAGUGGCGGGGGUGCCUAUAGUGGCUGGGGAGCCUGGAGUGGCGGGGGAGCCUGAAAUUGUGGGGGAGCAUGUAGAAGCGGGGGAGCCUGGAGUGGCCGGGGAGGCCGGAGUGGCGGGGGAGCCUGGAAUUGUCGGGGAGCAUGUAGUGGACGGGGGAAACUGCAGGGGCGGAGCCGAGGAGCAAGGGGGAGAGGCACUGUUUGGGGAAGUGAAUGUGGGGGAGGAGAUGGAGGACGAGGCGGAGGGCGAGGGCGCACAGGACGUUGUAGGAGUCGAGGUGGUUCCCGAAGAAGUAGAGGUGGCUGCAGUGAGGAACUCACCUCCCCUCCCCACGCUGUACUCACCACACAUCCCCGCUGAACUCUCCUCCCUCCCCUCUCUGGCCUGUCCUCCAUCCCCCCUCUUUGAAUUCAUCCUAUUUGCUGUGCAGUGUGAACCCUUCAUCCAUGCCUUCACACCCUUUCCACCAUCUGCCAGAAAUUCCAUUCUCCCCUUUCCAUCUCUGUCCUUUCCAUCUCCACCCUUUCCCCCAAUUCGUCUCAUCCCCUCUGCACCGCAUGCCAUGUGCCCUCUUUCCCCGCAUCUCAGCACCUCCCUUUCCCCUAAACCCUUCUCCUAUGCCGUCCCCCCAUGCCACCUCAUCCCCCUACGCACCUAUCUUCCCCGUCUGCUCUCUCCUCCUUUCUCCCUCUGA